UCAUUCCGGUACUACGUACCUCCGUUGGCAGUUGUGUUCUGUCAGUGCAUAUUGAUCAUGAGUUCAGACGAGCGGGUGAAGUACUGGGAUAGCGCGUGGAGCAACGGCAGAACACAUUGGCAUGCAAAGGAUAUUAAUUUUGCUCUGAAAAACCAUGGACACCUUCUUCUGCCGGGCCCUCGAAGGCGGGUGCUCGUGCCGCUGUGUGGGAAGUCUGUCGACAUGAAAUGGUUCUAUAACAACGGCCAUUCUGUGGUGGGAAUCGAAGGCGUCGAGAUGCCAGUCAAGGAAUUCUUCGAAGAAAAUGACAUCCCAUACACUACAGAGGAGUUAUCCUGGGGGAAACUGUACAGUUCGAAUGAUCGCAGAUUGCAGCUCUACUUCUGCGACCUGUUUGAGGCCAAGCCGGAAGAGCUGGGCAAAUUCGACGCAGUUUGGGACAGAGGCUCCCUUGUGGCUAUCUACGAAGAGGACAGAGAGAAGUACAGCCAGUUCAUGAAGUCCGUGCUGGCCCCCGACUUCCGGUACCUGGUGAACCUCAUGCAGUACAGACCCAAUGAACUGUUCAACGGACCUCCCAGGAGCAUCCCCAACGAGCUCGUCCUUCAGCUUUUUGGCGACGUGUGCGAGCUGAACGUGCUUGAGACGCUGAAGUGGGGCAAGGAGGAGGGGCCCAUGUACGAGUAUGGCAUGCAGGAAGUGGUCGCUCUCCUCACCCCGAAGAAAUAGAUGCAUAAACAUCAUUUACAAACGAGACACAUAUUUAUCUUUAUUAAGACUUCUUUUGUUGUGUGUUUAUCUGUGUAUGAAAUGUAUCAAGAUUUUGUGUUAAAAAGAAACAUUCCUAUAGAUGCAUAAAGUA